AGAUGCCGGCAGCGUCGAGCAGACUGACCAUCUUCAUCGCCUCCCUUCAGUGCCGCCAAGACGGCAUCCUCGUCUCGCACCUUGUCAAACACCGUCAUGACGGCCUGCCGCAGCGUUGCCGCGGCAGUUGAGCUGACGACGGCCACCUUGCUCUCCUGCAGGCGGAAGCAGACGAGCAGGAUGCGCGAGAGCAGCUCGCCGUGGAUGCUGGCGUGCGCCGCAAGCAGCGCAGACACACACUGCAGCAGCUUCAGAUGGAUCUCAAUGUCGCUGCGCGACUGUGCCAGGCCGGUGAUCAUCUCGGAGAGCUCGGGCAGCGCAGCCUGCACGAGGUGGGCAGUCAGCAGCCACCCUCCCACACGAAGGCGAGGCGAAGCAAGUCUGACGCGAAUGCAUGCGGCCGAUGGUGCCACCCAGUGCGCAGCCCGCUGGAUUGCUGCAGCCAGAGACAGCGAACGGACCGAGCACUCACCUCGGGCACAAUGCGCAUGCCGAGCAUGCGCUGCAACAGGCCCAGUGCAAUGCCCACGCUCUUCGGCUGGCCCUUUCCCUGGCAGACCAGCAGAAUGGGCCGAAGCAGCACCACAUCGCCGGCGGGCGUGCCUGCCUUUGCCGAGCGUGUGGCUGUGAGCAGCGCCUGCUCGUCGGCCCGCAGCGCCGCCAGGGCAGCAUCGGCGGCGGCACGCACGUCGGGCUGCUUGCGCUUCGUCUCGGAGGAGAGCUGCGCCAGCUCGGAGAGCAGGAGCUGCGACAUGCUGCCGACGUCCGACCGGCAAGCGAUCUAGACGCGCAAGCGUGGCUGCCCGCGCGGCGCGCAGCACGAGAUCGUGGGCGCCAGCCUCGCCUGACGCCGCGGCGAGCAACGUCGAAGUGCAACCAGCUGGAGCUAGGCGGAAGAAGUGCCGCACGCGCCAGUGAGCGGUCUAAGCAGAUGCCGAUGGCGGUCGAUGUGCCGCACAGGUCGAGAUGAAUGAGCGUCGGCGGCGAAUAAUCGUGAGUGGAGGUGGUG